AUGGAAGGUUGUCCAUUACCUGAAUUACGUAAAACAUUAUUAAAAUGUUUAGAUAUAGUCGUAAGAACUAACAAAGAAAAUGGAAUAAGACAUUCUGAAAUUACGAGAUGUGAAGUGCCCGUAGAGGUAUUUCAUAGUUCAAUCGAUCUGUGUAUGGAUGAAGACCUAGGUGUAAGGGUUGCAUAUGCCCAAGUUCUUGCAAGAUUUUUGGAUAAUGGCAAUAUGCCAAGAGAGUUGAAGGAAGCGGAUUCGACACAGUAUGCAAUGUUAAAAAUUUCACAUCCUGCUGAUCAUGUGGCCUUAUUAUCAUUAUUGCGUGCUUUAUUGGUUCGAUUCAGGGCAGAUCAAAUAAUUCGUGGUAUUCCAGUUGUCUUCAAAUUACAGUCUGAAGCUAAAGAUGAAAAUCUUGAGGGCUUUGCUCAGCAAAGAGCAUUAGCAAGUGUUAUUUUGUUAUAUUUCCGUGAUAUUGCCUCAGUAUUAGAUAUCCCAAAAUUACAUGAAUAUAUAGAUGGGGUCCAAGCUGAACGUAUGGACAAACGUCAAUGGUCGACUUAUAUAAAUGCAAUUUCGUCUGAAAACAAUAUAAAUAACACAAAUAUGUUGAAAUCUUUUGAGGAAGAAACUCUUGAUGAAAAUAAUUGCGCAUUACAACCUGUUGACGUUUGGCUUGAUCGACAAACAAUUGUAUCAAUGCUUUGUCAACAUAAGGAAUUAAUGGACAUUGGUGGUAAAGAUUUAGAAGUUAGGUUGAUGACAGAAUGGAAACCAGAGGAAGGUUUUGAAAGUGUUAAACAAGAAGGAUAUCGAAUCAGAUCAAGUAGAAUAUUAGAGAGCGAUAAGCCUCGUAUAACUAUUACGUCAUUUAUGUCUUUAGAAGACAGUUCUGGUGAUUUGCCGAAAGCAUCCAUCAAAGUGGAAAACCUUAAAGAUGCUCUUGUAAACACUGAGUUAUCUGAGCAUGAUACAUCCGUGGCAUCAGACAUUGAGUCUUCAAACAACACGUUUAUGGGCGAAAGAAAGAAGAAAAACAAAAGCGAUAACAAAAAGAGCGAUAUAAAUGCCUUUUUACACUCUUUAGGUACUAAGAAUGCUUCGAGGUAUGUUGUCUCUGAUUAUAGGUUUGCACUAUUGGAAUUCAUUUAUCAUUGA